GUAGAUGUGAGAGUGGCUGGAGUGACGCAGAAGCGCGGAACGGGCAGAACAUUUUUACUGUCAAGAUGGCGACAUCCGAGCCGAAAGCACCCGAAACUGAAGAACCUCAACCAACUGAAAGCGAAGUCGUUGAGAAUCCUGAGCAGUAUAUCAAGCACCCCUUGCAAAACAGAUGGGCUCUGUGGUAUUUCAAAAACGACAAGAGCAAAAGCUGGACAGAGAACUUGCGUCUCAUUUCAAAGUUUGACACAGUGGAAGACUUUUGGGCAUUAUACAACCACAUACAACAACCUAGCAAACUUGGCUUUGGCUGCGAUUAUUGUUUAUUUAAGGAUGGGAUCAAGCCGAUGUGGGAGGACGAUAGGAACAAGCUCGGGGGUCGAUGGCUGAUGACUCUCAACAAGCAACAGAGACACAAUGAUCUCGACCGCUACUGGAUGGAGACGCUCUUGUGUUUAGUCGGUGAGUCAUUUGAUGAGGCAAGUGAAGAUGUGUGUGGCGCUGUGGUCAACGUCAGACCCAAAGGGGACAAAAUAGCAAUCUGGACGAGCAACUGCCAAAACAGGGACGCCAUCAUAACGAUAGGGCAAAAUUAUAAAGAACGUCUGAGCAUCCCAACCAAAGCCAUAAUCGGCUACCAGUCACAUGACGACACAUCCAGCAAGAGCGGAUCCACCACCAAGAACAUGUACUCUGUUUGAAAAACUCCUUCACCCCAACUUCAACUUGCUGUAGAUUUAAACAAUUACCAAACCGCAUCAUCACAAUAAUACUUUUUGAGUUGUCAACUACUGUAGUGUCUUUUCCUUUUUAUUGAAAAGAGAAUUGUUCAUAGUGUGUACAGUUGGGUGAGGGUUAUUAAUAGGGAGGAGGCCAGAAAGAAGUAUUUGGCUCAAAUUGUCAAACGUAACCUAGAGAACACAAAUGAUUUCCUUUUUAGAGUUGAAGAGUUCUGUGAUUAAUACCAGUGACCUCCCCUAGCUUAGCUAAGAAAAAGCUUUUUUUCAGUACUUAAUGGCUUGGGAGUUGCAACAAAAAAAAAAAUCUUAACUAUACAGCCUUGUGUUUUUCUCAUGCUGAGUUCUAACCCUCCUGACAAAUGCUGUUUCUCACCUCAAAGGUAAAGAUCAUAGGCAACUUAUCCCUUCACAGAACAAAUUUUAAGGGCAAUUUUAACUUGAUUUAUCCAGAAAUGUUAAGCACGAGUUGGGCUUUCAGGCACACCAGCUUGAAGAAUCUACAGUAUCUUAAAGGUCAGUAAAAGCUGAGGCCUCACUCCAAAUAAUAGAGGUUGGAUUUAUGGCCGAUUAUUGUUUCAGCCAUGCUGGAAUUGUGGAAUAUUGCUUGUAGUACCUUUUUGAGCUUUUUUCUUCCUUUUACAUUUAUUUAUAAUGUAUGCAUUGAAAUACUUAGUGAAAGACAACCAUGAAACUUGUGUUUUUUCAAAUUGUUUUUUUUUUUCUCUUUUUUGUUAUUACGGUCAAUAAUGUGGAUUACUGCAUAUAGAUGACAUUUUUUUUACAGUGUACCAUAAAGUAAAGAUGCUGACAGAAUUAGGUGUGCUUUUCACUGUUUUCUUCCUAACAAACUGUAGAUAAUGUCACACUCCUCCCUUGGUUGAUGCAAAGGAAAGAUGAUAUUCAUUGUGAAAUGAUUUUGCUCAUAAUGUAUCUUUUAUUAUCUGUAAUUCCAGGAUGUAUAUUACCUUCUUUCAAGUAAAGGUUAAGUGCUUUGCAUUAAAACCAGAA